AUGGCUUCGGUCACUUCCUUGGAUAAAGAUUUGCGCAACAUGCGCCUAUCCCGGUAUACCCCGCAGGCAGCCGCGGAGGUGCGCGAAUGGAUAGAGGAUGUUUUGCGCGAGAAACUCCCAGCGUCUGAUCUACUGGAAGGACUGAAGGAUGGUGUAGCUUUGUGCAAACUGGUCAAUCUGGCCGUAUCCCCCGGAGUGAAGUAUAAGCAGUCGCCAAUGCCAUUCGUUCAGAUGGAGAAUAUCUCGCAUUUCUUGCGCGCAUGUCAAAUGGCACCAAUCAGUCUUCCUCCGCACGACGUUUUCCUCACGGUCGAUCUCUACGAAGCCAAGGAUCCUGCGCAGGUUCUACAAUGUCUGGCUGCACUUAGCCGGAGAGCGAAUGCCCUACAGCCGAGUACAUUUUCGCGUACUGUCGGUCCACAAAGUAAGCGCGUAGUGGUAAGCCCUAACGCGACGGGGUCUUCAACUCCAGGAUCCUACACGCGCAGCGGUCGUGCCUCGAGCAAUGCUAGUGAUGCAGCCCCUGGGUCCUUUAGCUCAUGGAGUAAAAAGGAUGAUGUGUCAAAGACAUCACCAGCGUGGAACAUUCACCAGUACGGUUACAUGGGCGGUGCAAGCCAAGGAAACCAGGGCAUUGCAUUUGGCGCUCGGAGACAAAUUACGACACCAGGCCCGGCUGUGCCUAACCUGGCAGAGAAGGAGAAGCGCAGGAUGGAACAGGAGAGAGAGGCUGAGCGAGUACACCAGCGUGAGGCUGAAGAGCAGGAAGCUCGUGCCAAAGCCGAAGAGCAGCGACGAUGGAAGGAAGAGACCGAUCGGUUGAGAGAGAAGGAGCGCCUCGAUAUUGAAAAUGAGAAACGGCGAUGGGAUGAUGAGAAGCGCCAAUGGCAAGAGGAAGAGCAACGCCGACUUGCGGAGGAAAAGGCAACCGAGGAGCGCCUCGACCAAGAGCGACAGCGCCGAAAGAGCGCGAACGACUCUCGUCUCAACGGUCAAUUUCUAAGCCAGUACCAGGCCGGCCAGAGUGUCGGAGCUGGAGCUACUGCCAGCACUGAGACUUCUGAGAGUCGUCGCAUCAAGGAACUUGAGCGUGAGCUACAGUUGGCUAAAGAACGCGAGCGCAAUUAUGAGAAUGAGCGAAAGGUACCAGAGAAUGAUGUGGACUCUCAGCCUGCUAGUGGAAGCCGCCAACGCCCUGUUCCCGUACCUCCAAAGCCAAGCUAUAGUCUCUCUUCCCUUGAACAGGAACGACGACUCCUUCGCGGCGAAUGGCAGAAGAAUCAGGAUAUGCCAGCAGCCGAUGAGCAUCCAGAUGACUUCGAGGAACAGGCUCCUCCUCCCCCUCCACGACCUCUCCCUGAGCCUGUGCCCUCUCAACAGAAAGCGCCAGCCCUACCCGCUAGAGAACUACCUCCUGCUCCUCGUCCUCUGCCGGAUCCAGUAGCCUACUCCGCCAACCGAGGUCAAGGCCGCACUGAUCGUUUCUUGAACUCGAAUCCUGCCCCUGCAGCACCGCCUGCUACUGCGCACCGCACUCAGGAUUACAGCUCAACAGCAGAGAUAGAUGCAGAAAACAGCCGCCGUUACGCCUCACAGCAGAAGACUCACGCUGGAGGCUGGGCUUCAAAGUCCUUACUGGAACGCGAGAUGGAGCGUGAGCGCGAGCGUCAACGUGAGUGGGAAGAGAACCAGAAACAGACCCAAGCAGCCGUUGAUAGCGGCAUGCGAGACAGCACGCAUGGCUCAGGCCCUGGCCAGACCUGGGAUGUUCAUCAGUAUGGCUACAUGGGCGGAGACAACCAGAACCGUGGAGGCGUAGGGUUGGGUGUUGGAGGUGCAAGACGCCAGAUUAUUGGGCCUCGACCUCCCCCAUAG